AUGGAUUCCCACACUACUUCAUCAGACGCUGCACCCAACGAGUCGUCGCCUCUACUCCCAACCACAGAACAUCGCCCCAAGGGAACUCGAUCCGUCACUUUUAGCGACAAUCCUGUUACAAAAACCUUUGAACCCGGCCGACAACAACAAUUCCAACGAGCUCCUGGACAUCAUGCUGUUGGCUCUGCCAGCGGCGUCGCUGCCGGUCCUCCCAUGCUCGCAGCUCUCAACAACAAGCUAAGAAGGCGGAACAGUCAGGGUUCGGUCCCUGCGGUAGCACACCUGGCCUUUGGCCCCAAGAUUGGCCCUCAGCGCAGUACGAAGAAAACGGAAAAGCUUAAGCUGCUUCCCAAUCCUGACCUGGACGACCCGGAAGACGAAGAGAGCGGAAGGGAUGUUUAUUCUCAGUACACACGCAUCAAAGACCCAGCUGCGCGUAGAGAUGCUGCCAAACUAGGAAAAGCGGACCGUGACCGCCUACCGCGUGUCACCGCAUAUUGUACUGCAAACAGAUACGAGAUGGAGGCUCUCAUGAGAUUCUUGAAAGGACGCGGAAAGACCCGAGGUGCCGUCCCGAAGCUGAUUGAUGAAUGUAUAUACACACCGUAUAACUAUGCAUCAAAAAGCGUGCGCGGUCGCGAUCCUGUUCAAAAUUACGAGCGACGACACUCGACUGGAGGUGACGCCAUUGAUGUCGCGCAGCAAAGAGCCGACAUGCAAUCAGAGGAGACCGACUCGGAGGCCCAUGAACACAACGGCCACGCACAUGGCCACGACAGUGCCAACGGCAAUGGCAAUGGCUCUCGCAUUGAGAGUUCGGACCUGAUAGGUUCAGCAGUGGAAGAUCACGACUCGAUAAGCGAGACCAACCCCGACUUUGAUAUACAAGUGCACACGCCCGAGGUGUUCUUGUUUGAUUACGGUGUGGUGGUAAUAUGGGGAAUGUCUGAAGCCCAAGAGGCUCGAUUCCUCAAAGAGAUUGCCAAAUUUGAGACUGAGAAACUUGCGCCUGAUGACGUCGAGACAGAGCUGUUCAACUUCUAUUACACCAAGGACUACCAGGCUCGUAUUUACAACGAUUUCAUUACCCUUCGCGACAAGAACAAUUACAUGACAAAGCUGGCUAUUUCCCAUGCUUUAGCGCAAAGUGUCAAGACUUCACUUUUUGAAGAGUUGAUUGCAUCAACAGUCGAUACAUGCAAAGAUAUCCCCACGCAAAUAGCCACGACAGGAAAGAUCGCGCUUAGUAGGUCGCAGAUUAAUAUGCAGAUCGGAGAGCUGUUUAUUCUACGUAUCAAUAUCCAUCUCAAUGGCUCGGUUCUCGACACGCCCGAGCUCUUCUGGGUAGAGCCACAGCUGGAGCCCGUCUACCAAGCAGUCAGAAGUUAUCUAGAGAUGGACCAGCGUGUCGGUCUCUUGACAGAACGACUCGAUGUUAUAGCAGAUUUGUUGGCCGUUCUAAAGGGAGAGCUAAGUCAUGGUCACGGCGAGAAACUUGAAUGGAUCGUAAUUGUGCUGAUCGCAGCCGAGAUUCUCGUUGCCGCUGUUAACAUUGUAGUGGAUUUAUACGUUGGAGAAUAA